AUGAUGUCAGUGGGGCCGCGGUCACCGCCCACUAAGAGUGUAAUGCUGUGGAGUCGGGGCUUUCCCGGUUUCCAAGCACUGCCGCCUCUGUUGAGGGGAGGUGACGUCACGGCUGCGCGGCGUGGGCGGAGCCUCACUUUGAACCCAGUUGGCGGGAGUGGCUGCUGGCAGAGAGGCGGUGGCUGCGGGUUCGCUGUAGGCUGUCCAGCGAUGGAGCCCACCGCAGGGAGCGAGAAGGAUGCUGGAGGAGGCGCGGCUACCGAGGAUGGGGUGAAUAGGAUCCCGGUGCCAAGACCGCCCUCCAUUGAGGAAUUCAAAAUAGUGAAGCCCAUUAGCCGGGGCGCCUUCGGGAAAGUGUAUCUGGGGCAGAAAGGCGGCAAAUUGUAUGCAGUAAAGGUUGUUAAAAAAGCAGACCUGAUCAACAAAAAUAUGACUCAUCAGGUACAAGCUGAGAGAGAUGCACUGGCACUAAGCAAAAGCCCAUUCAUCGUCCAUUUGUAUUAUUCACUGCAGUCUGCAAACAAUGUCUACUUGGUAAUGGAAUAUCUCAUUGGGGGAGAUGUCAAGUCUCUCCUACACAUAUAUGGCUAUUUUGAUGAAGAGAUGGCCGUGAAAUAUAUUUCUGAAGUAGCACUGGCUCUAGACUACCUUCAUAGACAUGGAAUCAUCCACAGGGACUUGAAACCGGACAAUAUGCUUAUUUCUAAUGAGGGUCAUAUUAAACUGACAGAUUUUGGACUUUCAAAAGUUACUUUGAACAGAGAUAUUAAUAUGAUGGAUAUCCUUACAACACCAUCAAUGGCAAAACCUAGACAAGAUUAUUCAAGAACCCCAGGACAAGUGUUAUCGCUCAUCAGCUCUUUGGGAUUUAACACACCAAUUGCAGAAAAAAACCAAGACUCUGCAAAUAUCCUUUCUGCCUAUCUGUCUGAAACGUCACAGCUUUCUCAAGGACUCGUAUGCCCUAUGUCUACAGAUCAAAAGGACACUACUCCUUAUUCUAGCAAACUACUAAAAUCAUGUCUUGAAACACUUGCCUCCAACCCAGGAAUGCCUGUGAAGUGUCUAACUUCUAAUCUACUCCAGUCUAGGAAAAGGCUGGCUACAUCUAGUGCCAGUAGCCAAUCCCACACCUUCAUAUCCAGUGUGGAAUCAGAAUGCCACAGCAGUCCCAAAUGGGAAAAAGAUUGCCAGGAAAGCGACGAAGCACUGGGCUCAACCACGACGAGUUGGAAUACAGCUGAAAAGUUACACACAAAAUCUACAAGUGCCAUUGAGACCAAGGGUUUCAAUAAAAAGGAUCUUGAGUUAGCUCUUUCUCCCAUUCAUAACAGCAGUGCCCUUCCCACCACUGGAUGCUCUUGUGUAAACCUUGCUAAAAAAUGUUUCUCUGGGGAAGUUUCUGGGGAAGUUUCUUGGGAAGCAGUAGAACUGGAUGUAAACAAUAUAAAUAUGGACACUGACACAAGACAGUCAGGUUUCCAUCAGUCAAAUCAGUGGCCUGUGGAUUCUCGUGGGAUAUCUGAAGAGCACCUUGGGAAAAGAAGUUUAAAAAGAAAUUUUGAGUUAGUUGAUUCCAGUCCUUGUAAAAAAAUUAUAAAGAAUAAAAAAUCCUGUGUAGAGUAUAAGCAUAAUGAAAUGAUAGAUUGUUAUACAAAUCAAAAUACAGGCUUAACUAUUGAAGUUCAGGACCUUAAGCUAUCAGUGCACAAAAGUCAACCAAAUGACAAUGCUAAUAAGGAGAACAUUGUCAAUUUCUUUAUUGAUAAACAGCAAACACCAGAAAUAUUACCUAUACCAAUGGUAGCAAAAAACCUUAUGUGUGAACUGGAUGAAGAUUGUGAAAAGAAUAGUAAGAAGGACUAUUUAAGUUCUAGUUUUCUAUGUUCUGAUGAUGAUAGAGCUUCUAAAAAUGUUUCUAUCAACUCAGAUUCAUCUUUUCCUGGAAUUUCUAUAAUGGAAAGUGCAUUAGAAGGUCAGCCCUUAGACCCAGAUAGAAGUAUCAAAGAAUCCUCUUUUGAAGAAUCAAAUAUUGAAGAUCCACUUACUGUAUCACCAAACUGCCAAGAAAAGGCCUCACCAAAAGGUGACGAGAACCUUACCAUACAAGAGAGUAACCAAAAAAUGUUACCUCCUUCUUUGGAGGUGCCGAAAACGUUAACCUCUAAAAGAAAUGCUGUAGCUUUUCGAAGUUUUAACAGUCAUAUUAAUGCAUCCAAUAACUCAGAACCAUCCAAAAUGAACAUGACUUCUUUAGAUGCAAUGGAUAUUUCGUGUGCUUAUAGUGGUUCCUAUCCCAUGGCUGUAACCCCUACGCAGAAAAGAAGAUCUUGUAUGCCGUAUCAGCAGACCCCAAAUCCGAUCAAGUCAGGAACUCCAUACCGAACUCCGAAGAGUGUGAGAAGAGGGGCAGCCCCCGUUGAUGAUGGACGAAUUCUAGGAACCCCAGACUACCUCGCACCAGAGCUGUUACUAGGCAGGGCCCAUGGUCCUGCAGUAGACUGGUGGGCACUUGGAGUUUGUUUGUUUGAAUUUCUAACAGGAAUUCCCCCUUUCAAUGAUGAAACACCACAACAAGUAUUCCAGAAUAUUCUGAAAAGAGAUAUCCCUUGGCCAGAAGGUGAAGAAAAGUUAUCUGAUAAUGCUCAAAGUGCAGUAGAAAUACUUUUAACCAUUGAUGAUACAAAGAGAGCUGGAAUGAAAGAGCUAAAAUGUCAUCCUCUCUUCAGUGACGUGGACUGGGAAAAUCUGCAGCAUCAAACUAUGCCUUUCAUUCCCCAGCCAGAUGACGAAACAGAUACCUCCUAUUUUGAAGCCAGGAAUAAUGCUCAGCACCUGACUGUAUCUGGAUUUAGUCUGUAGCACAAAAAUUUUCCCUGUAGUCUAGCCUUGUGUUAUAGAAUAAGCUUGCAUAAUUAUAUACUCAUUAAUAGUAGAUUGAUCUAAGGGGGAAGAGAUUAUGUUACCUGCUUCAAUGCGCUUUUCAUUUACAUUACAGCUUUCACAACAUUAAAGGGCUUAAAGGAAUAUAGUCAGUAAUUUAUCUUAAUCUCAAAACUAUAUAUAAAUCUUCAAAGCUUUUCUCAUCUAUUUAUUUGUUUAUUGCACUUUAUGAAAACUGAAGCAUCAAUAAAAUUAGAAGACACUA